GGUGGGUUGCUUGGCGGCCCCGCAGCUGUUGGACGCUUGGCUUUCCACAGGGCACGGGCGCGCGAAAGCCCACGCCCAUAGGCCAUGCGAAGCGCAACGCCCAGCGGGCAACGCAGGCGCGUUUGGCGCUCCGGGCGGUCGGCCGGCUCGCGGUAAACAAUGGCGCUGCCUCUGGGUUGCCCCCUGCGGUUUCGAUGCGAAGUUUUGGGGCGGGGGAGGGGGUUAUAUCGUGCCACGCCGCCCGCGUGUAUUUGGCGCGGCGGGCGGCAAUACCCACAGCAGCCAGCCGCACCGGUGAGAUGCGCCAAUGCGAAGGCGAGCCGGAGCUGUCACCCCCUUCCCGGGCCAUGCUUGAAUCAUUGAGUUUGGCGUUUCAACGCCUCGUGAUGCUGGGGCGGUGGGUGGGUGGUUUGGGCAGCUGGCUGCGUACGUGGUGUUU